AUGUUUCGUGCUAUUUUUGGUGAAGGAUUAGUCACAUUUCUUUUUCUUUUUAUUGUUGAGGCAACAGCAGUCAACAACGGUCGACAAGCCAAUCCAGAAAAUCUCGUUCUUGGGGCACUUUCUACAACCUUGGCAUCUGUAGCUCUUAUCUAUUCUUUUGCAGACGUGUCAGGAGCUCAUUUUAAUCCUGCUGUCACCUUUGCUACUGUAAUUACUGGCAAAGUAUCAGUGCGUAAAGGACUGGCGUUUAUUGGUAUCCAACUCUUGGCAUCAAUACUAUCUACCCUAUUUUUAUUUGCUGUCUUUCCUGGUGUCAAUGGCGGUGGUGUUUGGAACAUCCCAGAAUUUUUAGUUGUAGAUAUCGAUUCUAGUGCACAUCUUGCUCAGGCGUUCUUUAUGGAGCUUAUUCUCACGUUUAUCCUUGUUUAUGUCAUUUUUGCUACUGCUUUUGAUACGGUUGAUACCAAGGGUGUCAAAGUAGCUACGGCUGGAGGAGAGAAAAACAAGUCUUCUGGCAACAACCUUACAAUCUACACGACAUCAGGUACAACCAAGGCAGGAUUUGCUCCACUGGCGAUUGGGUUUACACUUGGAUUUCUUGGAUUGAUUGGUGGAUCUGUAUCUGGUGGUGCAUUCAAUCCAGCCCGUGCAUUUGGACCUACUCUCAUUUCAGGUCAAGGCUGGACUCAUCAUUGGAUUUACUGGGUUGGUGAUUUAACUGGUGCUGCGUUGGCUGGAUGGGUACAACACUUCUUUGCUCAUGAGGCAGUUCAACAUUCAGCCUCUGUUCGAACCAAGACUGGUGCGCUAGAAGCUGCUGCUGCUGAACGCGUUGCCCUCAAUGCCAAUAUUGCCAAUUCACAGGCAAUUUAA